AACAUGCCUCCUCAUGUACCGUUUUAGACAUAUAAAUUAUGUUUGGCUAAUGUGAUUUUUUAGGUCUUUUUUAAAUGAACGUAUGGUUGUUUAUGAUCAAGAGAUGAGUGAUAAAGUUAAUUAGAAAUGGUUGGUUGAAGAAUUUCCUACCUGGUUACAAGAAAUGGUGUCCAAGCUUGAUGAUUACACGUUUGACAUGAGUAUGAUAAGGAUAGUAGGGCGUGGUCCUAAUGCAAUAGUUAAGAGGAUGAAUGGAUUUAUUAUCAAUGGAUUUCGUUACCACACUCAAAGCAGAGAUAAGUUAAAGAAAACUCAAAUUUUUGGAGUGAUGGUCGAAGUAGAAUGCAAGGCAUAUUAUGGAAAGAUAAAUGAUAUAAUUGAGUUGGAUUAUUUUUCAGAUAAUAGGGUGGUAUUAUUUCGUUGUUAUUGGGUGAAUGUGAACUCUAGGGGAUUGAAGAAGGAUAAAAGAGGCUUUACUCUUGUAAAUUUUGCAUAUCAAAUGCAUGAGGGAUCCUAUUUAAAAGAUGAUCCAUUCAUUUUAUCAUCUCAGGCACAACAAGUUUUUUAUGAUGAAGAUGAGAAAGAUAAAGGAUGGCAACAUAUCAUUCGAGUCAAACCAAGGGACUAAUAUAAGUUAUGAUAUGUAAACAAUGAUGAUGAUUUGCACCCUCAGUGUAUGCCUAUCAAUGAACAAUGAGUUGUACUCUUUUACGGGACUCUUAUAAAAUUUUAUUGUGUGGAUUUCGCUUUUUUUUUCUUCUUAUAUUACAUUAUUUAAAUAUUAUUGUGUGGUUUAUAUUACAUUAGUCUAAAUUUUGCUUUGCACUUUUUAUAAUGAUUUAUACAUUAUUUUUU